AUGGCUUCUAAAGAAGCCGACGCGCGGCUCGCGUACAUGACGAAGCGCGAGUCAGAGAUCCGCCUCCCGCGUGCGACUCGCGUUAAGAACAAAACUCCCGCGCCGGUCCAGAUCACCGCGGAGCAGAUUCUCCGCGAGGCUCGCGAGCGGCAGGAGGUAGAAACAGCGGCGCCGAAGCAGAAAAUCACCGACGCGCAGGAACUCGGGGAGUACCGGUUAAGGAAGCGCAAGGAGUUUGAAGAUUUGAUUCGGCGGGUUAGGUGGAACACGAGCGUAUGGGUCAAGUACGCCACGUGGGAGAUGAGCCAAAAGGACUUCGCGCGCGCGCGAUCCGUGUGGGAGCGCGCGCUGGAGGUGGACUAUAGAAACGUGUCCAUAUGGCUCAAGUACGCGGACAUGGAGAUGCGCAACCGCUUUGUCAACCAUGCGCGGAACGUGUGGGACCGAGCAGUGUCGCUGCUGCCUCGCAUCGACCAGCUCUGGUACAAGUACAUUCACAUGGAGGAGAUGCUGGGGAACGUGGCAGGGGCGCGGCAGGUGCUGGAGAGGUGGAUGAAAUGGGAACCCGACCACCACGGCUGGUCCGCCUACAUAAAAUUCGAGCUUCGAUACGGCGAGAUCGCACGCGCUCGGGCCGUGUUUGAACGCUACACCAUGUGCAUUCCCACGGUCAAAGCGUGGAUCCGUUUCGCGAAAUUUGAGGUGAAGCAGGGGGAAAUUUCGCGCGCCCGGGAGGUCUACGAGCGGGCAGUUGAAAUUCUCGGCGAGGACGGGCAGAACGAGGAACUUUUCGUCGCGUUUGCCGAGUUUGAGGAGCGGAUAUGCAAAGAGACCGAGCGGGCAAGGGCGAUUUACAAGUAUGCCCUCGACCACGUUCCGAAAGCCCAGGCCGAAUCCCUGUACAAAAAAUUCGUGGUUUUCGAGAAGCAGCAUGGGGACCGGGCAGGGAUAGAAGAUGUGGUGGUGGGGAAGAGGAGGUUUGAGUAUGAGGAGGAGGUGAAGAGAAAUCCGCGGAACUACGACGCGUGGUUUGACUAUGUACGGCUGGAGGAGAGCGUGGGGGAGGCGGAGCGGGUGCGGGAGGUGUAUGAACGGGCCAUUGCGAAUGUCCCUCCGGCUGACGAAAAGCGCUUUUGGCAACGAUACAUCUACCUCUGGAUCAACUAUGCGUUAUACGAGGAGCUUGAAGCGGGGGACAUGGAGAGGACGCGGGAGGUGUACCGGGAGUGCCUGAAGCUCAUUCCACAUGGCAAGUUCUCAUUCGCCAAGAUCUGGCUGCUCGCCGCCCAGUUUGAGAUCCGCCAGAAGCGCCUCUCCGCCGCCCGGCAGAUCCUGGGCCAUGCGAUUGGAGUGGCUCCCAAGGAUAAGAUCUUCAAAGCGUACAUUGAGAUGGAAUUGCAGCUGGGCAACAUCGACCGCUGCCGAAUGCUGUACGAGAAGUACCUCCAAUGGCAGCCCGCCAGCUGUCCCGCGUGGGCCAAGUUCGCUGAGCUGGAGCGCAGCCUGGGGGAGACGGAGCGGGCACGGGCGGUGUACGAGUUAGCCAUCGGGCAGCCUCUGCUGGACACGCCUGAGCUGCUGUGGAAGGCGUACAUAGACUUUGAGAUAGCGGAGGGGGAGAGCGAUCGCACAAGGCAACUGUACGAGCGAUUGCUGGAGAGGACCAAGCACGUUAAGGUGUGGAUGAGCUACGGGCAGUUUGAAGCACAGGUGGCAGUGGAGGAGGAGAUUAAAGCAGAGGAGGAGGGCAGAGAGGCGGACGAGCUGGUGCUGGCAGAGCAGUCCAAGGACCGGGUCACCAGGGCACGAGAGGUGUAUGAGCGGGCAUUUGAGCACAUGAGGACGAAUGCCGCCGACCAGAAGGAGGAGCGGGUGAUGCUGCUGGAGGCGUGGCGGGAGAUGGAGCGGGCGGCAGGCGUGAACGGCGACCCGGGAUCGGUCGAGAAGAAGAUGCCACGUCGUGUGAAGCGGAAGCGGCCAAUCACGACGGAGGAUGGCACUCCUGCUGGGUUCGAGGAGUAUUACGACUACAUCUUCCCCGAUGAAGUGGCUAACCAACCUAAUCUCAAGAUCCUGGAGGCUGCUUAUAAAUGGAAGAGGCAAAAGCUCACUAUGGGGGAUGAGGAGGAAGGGCAGCAGGAAAGUGGAGUGGAGAGGGAAGGGGGAAGUGGAGGCCUCUACCACCUACCUGAUCUCGUAGCCAUGGCGGGGGGUCUGGACGUGCAUAAGAACAAGUACAUCGAGGAUUGGGGUACGCGGCGCGAGAACCUCGAGAAGAUCUUUCGCUUCAACCGUCGCACGCUCUCGAUCGCGGCGCUCGCAAUCGUUGUCCUCCCCGUCGUCGUGUACCGAGGCACCAUCGCAGAAUUCAGGAAGCAAGAGGAACUGGAAGGCCGACCGCAGCGCAAGUUCAUGUAG